GCAACGCGACUCGACCCGACCGGCACAAUGUCAUCGACACGGAAAUCUUUGCUCAGUCAAAUUACCCAAAUUCUUGUGGUUGGCUAUACACUCCGCUCGUAUACGGUGUACGAGGGCCAAGGCCCCAACCGAUUCACGCGCCACACAAACCUCGGGCACGAGCUGACGCGCUGGAUGAACCAGGCGGCCAUCAGGCGGGGCGAGCGGAUGCUGGCCCGUGAUCCGUCGCAGCGUAGCGGCGGCAUCUGGCAGAGCGUUAUGCCAGAGCGACUGACGAGCCGCGUGAAGCGUGACCCUGCCCCAGAGCGCAAGGUGGAGGUGGAGGCCAGGCCCAUGGCGCCAAAAUAAAAAUGUUGUGAA